CUAGCACGGGUCUCUGCCUGGCUAACAACGAUCACGUUGGCUCUUGAGCUUCCUGGUGACCUUUGAUGUGUAUUCUGAGUUCAUCUUUCGAAUAUCAUCGAGGGUGGAAACCCGCAACGAAGCCGCAGUCAUUGAACUGUAGCCUCUGGAAGGAGAUACCUGAAGACCAUCCCUAAUCAAAUGAUCUAAGUCAAUAUCACCCGACGACACCCUCCUUGGCCUAUCCAUCUAUCAAAUACCUUCGAAAAUUCCUGGGAUUUGAGUUGUCUUAAUAUCGAGAAUGGACCCAUCAAACGUGGACCCACGCGACAAUAGUCCUGAAACGAGACCAGUCCCGUCGGACGUGGAAAAGCAGCCAUCUAUGUCCAGAAACCCAUCAGAAGAAUCAUUGGGCACGCAGCAGCGAGCCAAAGCCAGAACAGAGAAAGCAGCCGCGAUUAACCGUGCUUGUGACGCGGGCGAUGUAGAAGCAUUGGUGUCGUAUGCUACCAGCGAAGGUGGACUGCUGGAGGAUGAACUAAGGCAAAGAGCAUGGCCAAUUUUCUUACAUUGCGACUCAAAAUCACAAUCAGAGGACCUCAAACCUCUAAAAGACCUACCACGACACGCCGACGAGGACCAGGUACAGCUCGAUGUCAACCGUGCUUUUGUCUAUUAUCCUAAUGUUCCUGAGGAGGAUCUCUUGAAUAAGAAGGAUCAGUUAUCGGAACUGAUCGUUCAGAUCCUCAGAAACUAUCCUAUGCUCUGCUACUUCCAAGGGUACCAUGAUAUCGUGCAAGUCCUGCUUUUAGUGCUGGGCAGCCAGAAGGCUGCAUUAGCUAUGGCGCACGUAUCACUCUUUCGAAUCAGGGACUACAUGCUCCCUUCCCUCACACCAGCGUUGAAGCACUUGCAGCUGAUUCCUGCAAUCGUCGGAAUUAUUGAUCCUGCGCUGUGGCGACAUCUCGCAAACAUCCAACCCUUCUUUGCACUUGCUGCGACACUCACGCUCUAUGCCCACGACAUUCAAGAGUACAGCGACAUUGCUCGUUUAUUCGACUUUCUUCUUGCUCGAGAGCCGGUGGUAGCUAUUUACCUCUUUGCGGCUAUCAUUCUCUCUCGAAAGAAGGAGUUGAUGAACAUCCCCGUGGACGAGCCGGAGAUGCUACACUUCACAUUAUCCAAGUUACCGUGUCCACUCAAUCUAGAUGGGUUGAUUUUGAGUGCGACUCAGCUCUUCAAAGACCACCCUCCAGAGUCGUUGCCUAUUGGGGCAUGGAAACGGAUUCCCAAUUGUAGCGUCCUCAAGACCUCCCGGGACACCUCCCAGCCCUACAAUGUCGAUGAAGCGAUACAAAUGUUCCAUCGGCAGGCCCGGCAAAUGCAAAACGAGGAGCGCCGGAAGCAGGCUCUUGAGUUCGGAUGGAAGCAUAGGAGGGCGGUCGGAUCUGUGGCAUUGGCCAUUCUUGUUGGCGCUGCAGCCAUCUACAUCCGAAAGAAGGGGCUUGACUCUUCGAUCUGGUACUAUGUGGGCCGACUUCAGGCGAUGCUCAAGGGCUAGAGACGGGCUCUUCAAAAAAUUAUCAUAGACACCAUUAGCUUAUGUUACUGGACCUGUAUUCCAAUAUUGAAAAUGGGGCUAUUUCGAGGAGGAUAAUUAGAAAUUAAUUAAAAGCUUUGAUUGAACGAA